ACACAUGCUUGUAAUGCUUACAUUACAAAUUGUGUACCUGUUCUCUGGUUAUACUAAGAGACAUUUACAUCACAUGCCAAAACUACAGAUUAAGGAGCUAUAGUAUAAAUUGGUAAGGUAUGUUUAUUUGAAUAUCUAAAAUGUUGGCAGGUAUGUAAUUGUGAAAAAUCCGGAACCAAACUACCGCAGGGUUGUAGAAGCAGAUGCAGACCGGAAAUAGGUGAGGGGACCAAGUGGGAGUGGCAGACGUUGUUUCUCCAGCAGAAAAUAGCAACUGCAGCAACAACGUUAUAAUAAAACGUUAUACAUUCGCAACGUCAGAGUCGCAUUACAUGAAACAACACAUUGAACGCUAUUUAUUUAUUGAUCUGUCUGGAUAAAAUACUGCAGUUUGUUGCGAUGAUGGCGGAGGCAGCGGGAGGUUCCUCAGAGAUGAUCACAGAGACCGUGCAGCAAGACACACCGCCGCAACAGCAGCCAGAGAGCCGCAGUCUGACCAUCAAGUUGAGAAAACGGAAAACAGACAAGAAGGUGGAGUGGUCGAGCGACACGGUGGACAACGAGCACCUGGGCCGACGGUCCUCCAAAUGCUGUUGUAUCUAUGAAAAGCGUCGUGAGUUUGGGGAGAGCUCGACGGAGAGCGAGGAUGAGGAGGAUGGCUGCGGCAAUGCCCACUGCGUCCGGGGGCACCACGGCAAACACGGCAACAUGCAGCAAACGCCGACGCCCACACCUCAGCCAGCGCCAAGCCAGGGGGGCGAGCACAGCCACGGGCAGCACUCUCACUGAGCGAGAGGAGAGGAGGAGAGAGGAGGAGGAGGAGGAAGAGGGGCAGGGUUUGAACAGAGAGGAGAAUAGUCCACACACAAAGAUAGGAGAGAGUGGGGUCACACUCUUAAAACCGCUGAGAGAGAGAGAAGAGGAUCCUUCUGUACCAAAUCUGCAAGUCAAGACAGUUUCAUAAAAUAACAAAAUGGUCAGAGCUUGUUGGUUAGUCCAGUAUACUCUUAUCUCCCAGAUCAGUGUCCUAUUACUUUCGGUCCUACUGAGUUUUCACUUGCACAAGUGCAAAUAAAUGGUAGCAAUUUAACAGUGGCAUGGGGAAGAAUGAGUCUGCAUAAACGAUCUGCCGCAGUAGUUCUUUUAUGGGGCACAUUUGUAUAUUUCUCAUAAUUCCAAGAUUUAACAAAGAUCAGGUAAGCAGAAGCAGAGAGCCCAGAAUCAGUAGUAGAUUGUAAUGACUAUAGUUCCCCGUGCCAAUACACCAGUAUUGCAGUCCUCUAAAUUGCGUUUUGUACUCAUCACAGGCACAGAACACAUAUUCUUGUGGGCACAGGUUUGUGGCGCUCCAGUGUAGCAUCACAAGUGUGAUGGACUAUUUGCAAAGCUCUGAGUGUAGGGUGUGCACACAUCCAGUUUAUUCAUGAUUCAAAAACCAUUUCAAGUCGAUCUGUGUUCGGUGCUUUUUGGAGACCUAUCACAAUAGGCGAUACAAUGCAACAAACUGCAUGGUUUACAUGAUACACAAUUAAUCAUUUCUACCCUGCUGUGUGGUGAGACCGAGCCCCCUCUCCUCCCCACAUUGUGGUUUUUAACAUUAAACCUCUUGGGGACCUUGUCGUUGAACCCCAAGUUUGACACUAGCACCCCAUUUUGAGUUUUUGCACCCACUCCACAUUUCUAUUUCAAAAUGUACGCAGCAAUUUAAUUGAUUGCAGAAUAUUUAUUUUCUCCUCCACUUCAAAAUAAAUGAACGAGGAGAUUGGUUUACUGUUUAAUCGCAUUCAGUAUAAUAGCAUCCAAAACAGGAAUGUAAAAAAUAUAUAUAUAAAUAUAUGAAUAAAUAAUCAAAUACGUGAAUGAGCCUGCAAUCUAAUAUAGUAUGUACGAGACCUGGAUAUGAGAUUAUUAUAAUUAUAAUUUUUUUAAUGCAUUUUUCUGUAAUAAUAAAUUGAUCCGAUCCGUGUAUCCUUGCGCUUGUGUAUUUGUUUUUUUCCAAAACCUUUUUGAAUGUAGUGCUGAUAAAAGUUGAAGGUCAGUCUGCUGUCUUUGCAAGCAAAUGAAGGGAGAGCGACUCAGUCCUAACCUGAAAACCCUCUAACUAUGUGAUGGUGUGUGUUCCACAAGGAAUGGUGCUUGAGCCGUAUAAGAACAUGAGAAGAGAAUUUGAGAGAGAGGAGGACAUUUGGCCCGUCUGCUCGUCUGGUUCGUAGACCUCAAAACUGUCAAGCUGGAUCUUCUGCAUAUAGUCAAAUGAAACCUGCUGAAUGUUACAAUAACAUAUUGAAUUACAUACCAGUUUGUAGUUUUCCAUAUACUGCACAGAAAAAUGUGGCCUUUUUAAAUCUAACAUGAAAUACUGUACUACUAUUAUUACCAAAUUACUUUCGCGAUAUCAUUUUAUCUCAGCUGUGGUUGUUCACCAUUUCAAUGCGAAUGAAGUGUGGCACUCAUUUCUUGACCAGAUGAACACAGUACAUGACAUUGCCUAUCAGAGUUGUAUUGCAUUUUAAGACAUUUGCAGAAUAAGAUGUUUUACAAUUUAUGUUAAAAAAAAUCUUAAUACUUAUUUUAAUAUUCAAAAGAAUAGCUUUUAAUGUAAACAGCAAAUACAACCAAACCUGUGCCUUAUCAAUCUCUCUUAUCAUGCAUACUGCAGCUCGUUUCCACCCAUGUGUCACGUUGGUUGUUCGUACACAGAAUUUUGUAGUUUGCACAGCCAUGUGUGGGAUCAUUGUAAUGGUUUUAAAAUCAUCAGACUCAAUCAUAAAAUGAAAGAUCCAAUAAUAAAACAUUCAAGUCUGAGCCCCUGGUUCACUCCCUUGUGCCGCAAAAGGAUGUUUCAGAGAAGCCUAUUGUAUUUGCAGUUCUCCGGCACAACUAGACAUCUUGACUCAACCUUUUGUUCAGAAAGGGGGCUCUCGGUGAGUGCAAUGUGUGUGUGCAUGUGUGUUUAUAUAUAUAUAUAUAUAUAUACAACAGAAACAGUUAUUAGAUGCAGGAAGC